AGUUCUUUUUCGAUGACCAGUCGAUUUAGCUUAUUGUAACAAUUUAAUUAUCUGAAUAAUUGCAGUGCAAAAAUAGAGAGUAAAAUAUGUGUGUACUCUUGUUAAUUAGAUAAAAAGAUAGGCGUCAAAGGAAAAGCGGCAAUUGAAUGGAAUGGAACUUUUUAUGGAGUUUUGAAUGGGAAGAAAUAACAUGGAUCACCCAUUUUUUGGGAAGUUUUAACUGUCUGGACUCCAAAUAACAAGUCCUAAAAUUUCUCUACUCCAGACUUCUUUUUUCCAUUUCCUACAGAAAUCAUGGUUCUCAAAUUUACACACUCCAGUCCAUCUGAAAAAUUCGCCAAGUUAAAGUGAAUAAGAGAAUAAAAAAAGGAAAACCAAAUAACAAAAGAAAGAAAGCUCUCGGUGUAACAUCUCUGCCUUGGCUUGAAUCCAGGGCAGAGAUAUUUCUAAUCUCUGUCUCAAUUCCUGGACUCAAUCCAAAAUGGCGUUUCAAGAUUUUGAUCAAAUUUCAGAGCGAAGAAAGCUCGAAAGGCAGCAAAAGAUGAAGAGAAGGAUCAUGAUCGCUGUCGUAUUACUUCUCCUCAUCCUCGCCGCGGUUGCUGCUGCUGUUGUCUAUCUUGUUGUGUUCAAAAACAAGAGCGAGGAUGCCUCCGCCAACAAAUCUAAUAAGAAUGCUUCGACGCCCCCUUCAACAGAACCAGCGACCCCUAAAAGUGAUGCAACACCACCUCCUAAGGAUGACGCAGCAUCAACACCUCCUGAGGUUGCAGCACCGCCCCCUGCUGACGGUGCUGCCCCUCCACCAAAGGAGGAAGGUGCUGCAGCACCGCCGGUCGAGGAUGCUGCAGCCCCUUCACCACCAUCUGACAAUGCUCCUGCACCGUCACCACAAGAGGGUGACAAUGCAGCAGCACCAGCUCCUUCACCACAAGCAGAAGGAGCUAUAGGAGCAAUAUGUGCAGCCACGGAAUUCAAUCAAACUUGCGGGGACAUUCUAUCAAAAGUUUUACAAACCAAUGCCUCCGGGGCUCAACCCGCGGAUCUUCUCAAGGCAACCAUGUCUGCAGCUAUUGAUGAGAUUGCAAAGGGCAUUGAUGAACUAGGAAAAAUCAACAAGGAUUCUCCAGAGAAAUCGACAGCCUAUGACGAUUGUAUGUCCCUCCUUGCUGAUGCCAAAAAGGACUUGAACAGUUCUAUUUACAUUCUUGAUGGCGGCAUUAGUGAUGUCGCCUCAGCAACAGCUGAACUCAAUAACAAGUUAAGUGCAGCUUUAACAUACCAAGACAUGUGUGUGGACGGAUACCCUGAAGCAGACCAGUCCACGGCACAAACUGCCUUAAAGAAAAUAGGGGAACAUACCAUAAAUUCUCUGGCUGUUGCGUCCGAAUUGUCAACAACAUCUCCAAAGCAAAAUAAUAAUGCUAAAAGACGUCUUCUAACAACACGAGGCGUUCCCACAUGGAUGAAUCAAGGUGAUCGUAGAAUGUUGGAAGAAGAAGAAGGUAAAGAUCCAAAGGGUAUUGCAAACGUCACUGUUGCAAAAGAUGGUAGUGGUGAUUUUACUACGAUAAAUGAUGCCCUAAAGGCAGUUCCAAGCUUUGAAGGAAGGUACUUUAUUUAUGUGAAAGAAGGAGUUUAUGAAGAGAAUGUAGUUGUGUCACAAACCAAUCUUACAUUUUUUGGAGACGGAUCCCAAAAGAGUGUUAUCACCGGGAGCAAAAACAUUGUGGAUGAUCUGUCAACAUACCAAAGUGCAACAGUUGUUAUUUCAGGGGAUGGAUUUAUUGCAUAUAAGAUAGGAUUCCGAAACACAGCGGGUCCAGAAAAGUUACAAGCAGUGGCACUCCGCGUCCAAGCUGAUCACACAAUAUUUGUGAAUUGUCGCAUGGAGGGUUACCAAAGCGUGAUCCACGCUGCAACCCAUCGACAAUUCUAUCGCGGAUGUUACAUUACAGGUACGGUUGACAUUAUCUCGGGCAACGCUGCUGCUGUAUUCCAGAAUUGCCAAAUUUACCUAAGGAAACCAUUGGAUGACCAAAAGAACGUCAUUACUGCUCAAGGAAGGUCGAACAAGCGUCAAACCACAGGGACCGUCUUGCAAACGUGUGGCAUUUUCGCGGACGAUAAGCUUGAGCCUGAAAAAUCGAAGGUUAAGAGUUACUUAGGUCGGCCAAUGAAGGAAUAUUCGAGGACGGUUGUAAUGGAAACGGACAUUACUGAUGUGAUUGACCCUGAAGGAUGGGUAGCCUCGAACGGGGAUUAUGCGUUAAGCACCCUGUAUUUUGCAGAGUACAGCAACAAAGGGGCUGGAUCUGAAGUUGCCUCUAGAGUCAAGUGGCCUGGAUAUCAAGGGGCAAUAGGCAAAGAUGCUGCCCAGAAUUUCACAGUUGAAUCCUUGUUACAAGGACAAACUUGGUUGAAGGAUUAUGAUGUUCAAGUCCGUUUUGGCCUUUCCAACUGAUGAUCAUGAUCAUGUCAAAUUAAUCAUCUUUCUCUUAAUUUCAUGUCAAAUUAUGAUCUUCUUCAUCUUAAUUUAGUUUGUUCUUAUCAUGUUGUAUGAGUUUUAUAAGUAGUGAACAAUAUGCACCUCAGACGAAAUUUUUUCUACAAUAUAUAAGUACAUAACAAAGAAGCUGUAUAUGAUAAAUAAUUGUAAUGAAUAGUACUACUCGUUGUCUAUUUCGUACAACUAAGUAAACCAAAUGUGGAGAUAA